GAGCCCUACAUAAUUAUUGUGGCACGGUAUGAGAAUCGUCGCUGCUCGGUGAAUUUGGCUUGGAGUAAUAAAUGAAGGACAAAGGAGACUAUAUGCACUCAUAAUGUAUCCCACUCAACCACAGAGCUCGUGAAAAUGGAAUAGAGCAGAUAAAAAUUUCAUUACACUGUCACACGAGAAUUUAUUCAUCAACACGGCACAUCGAUAUCAGACGAGCUUCACAACUGUAAACAGUCCCACCGGAAUAGGACCGGAUAAAUGAUGUUUUAACUAGAUAGCACCACAGUAAAAACUAGGUAAACAUUUUCUCCAGGUGAAGAGUCAGGGUUUAACAGAAGGAAAUCAUGUCAAUUCGCGAUGAAGAUCAGAGUGAAAAGAAAAGCAUGUUGGCUGAUGCACCCUUCACCAGUAGUUAUCCAAACCGACAGGAAACCACUUGGUCCAACCAAUCCGCGGGAAUGGAAGGGAAGAAAAUCUCAGCUAUUCGAAACGGCAUCGGAGAUGUUGCGGCGGUUGGGCGUGAACGGUGGAGUGGCCGCCUAGAUUUUCUUUUAUCUUGUGUUGGAUUUGCUGUCGGGCUCGGGAAUGUGUGGAGAUUUCCGUAUCUUUGUUACAAAAACGGUGGUGGUGCUUUCCUGAUUCCGUACUUUAUUUGCGCCAUUUUGGGAGGUAUUCCACUCUUUUUCCUCGAGACUGCUUUGGGGCAAUACACUUCGCUUGGAGGAAUUAAAGCAUGGAAAAUAUGUCCACUCUUUCAAGGAAUUGGUAUUUCAUCUUGCAUCAUUGCCUGGUGGUGCAAUAUAUACUACAUUGUUAUCCUCGCAUGGGCGCUGUAUUAUCUUGUCAGUUCUUUCACCAGUGAAUUACCAUGGGUACACUGCGGCAAUAGUUGGAAUACGAAGUUCUGCGUAGAAUAUGAAUCUAAUUUUACCUGUGUAAACGAGACUGUGUUCUCGAAUGACAGCCUGGUUGUACUUGAAGAGAUGGUGGUCGGUACAAAUUUUACAUGUGCUGAGAAGACAUCACCAGUCCAGGAAUUCUGGGAGCAUAAGGUACUUCAUUUAUCACCUGGUCUUGAUGAGAUGGGAUCAGUGGUUUGGCAUCUUGCUGUCUCUCUUCUAGUAGCUUGGAUUCUCUGUUAUUUCUGUAUCUGGAAAGGAGUCAAGUGGACAGGAAAGGUUGUCUAUUUUACUGCAACUUUCCCAUACGUGAUGCUUACUGCGUUGCUUAUACGAGGUGUGACUUUACCCGGGGCUGCUGAUGGUCUUUUGUUUUACGUCAAGCCCGAUCUAUCGCGCCUUACAGAUGGCCAGGUGUGGAUGGACAGUGGAACUCAGAUUUUCUACUCGUACGCUGUUGGUUUAGGAGCUUGUGUAUCGCUCGGUAGUUAUAAUAAGUAUCAUCACAACGUAUACAGGGACAGUAUGAUUUUGGCUGUAGCAAACUCCUUCACGAGUUUAUACGGCGGAAUAGCAAUCUUCUCAGUUCUUGGGUACAUGUCUCAUGAACAGGGUGUUCCUAUUGACCAGGUGGCGUCUAAAGGUCCUGGUCUAGCUUUUAUAGCUUACCCCCGCGCUGUCGCAUUGAUGCCUCUUGCACCGUUAUGGGCUAUUCUGUUCUUUGUCAUGAUACUGAUGGUGGGAUUAGAUAGUCAAUUUGUUUCUGUCGAAGGUUUUGUAACUGCGCUGGGAGAUCUGUUCCCUACGUGGAUGCGUCGUCGGUAUCGUCGUGAACUCUUCGUGCUCGCUGUCUGCAUCGUUUCCUAUCUCAUAGGAUUACUCAUGGUCAUGGAGGGUGGGAUGUAUGUCUUUCAAAUCUUUGAUACUUACGCGGUGAGUGGCAUCGCUCUACUCUGGAUUGCUUUCUUUGAAGGGAUAACAGUGAGCUGGGUUUAUGGUGCCAACCGAUUUUAUGACAACCUUGUUGAUAUGAUCGGUUAUCGACCGAUUCCAUGGUUUAAGUUCUGUUGGAUGAUAACCCUCCCCAUUGUGUCAGUGGCUAUCUGGAUCUUCAGCAUAGUGACUUGGGGUCCCAUGACGUAUGAUAAGUAUGAGUAUCCAAUAUAUGCUGAAGCUAUAGGCUUCUUUAUGGCUCUCUCUUCUAUGGUGUGUAUUCCGAUUGUUAUGGUCUACCAGAUAUUUACAACUGAUGGUACUUUCUUAGAGAGAAUAAAAUUUUUGAUAGAACCGUCAAUAACACCACAGACUGAGGAUUACUACACCGAGGCCCAUGAAUUGGAAAAAUAUUGACAUGAUCCAAGUCAUUUAUAAAGACACAGGGCAGCUCAAGUUCCAAGUCCGUGUAUUGAUAUACAGACUGUAGCUAUUUAAAUGUUUAAUAUUAUUAUUAUUAUCAUUAUCAUUACCAUAAGUUAAAGAAGAAACAUCCCUCCGAGUUGGUACUAAAUAGCUUCUAUUUCAGAGUAGUCAGUCUCCAAAGCCGCUUGUGCUUUCUUCUUUGUUUUUUUUUAUUCGCUUACAGACCUAAUAUUAUUGAAAUUUUAAUCUUAAUUAAAAUAUUUUUUCAGAAUCGUGUCGGAUUUCAGAUGAUAAAAGAUUUCUUUUAGCGGUUGAUUUUUUUAUAUCCUUUUUUUUCACUUCUGUUUAACAUGUAUGAUUUUCAUUUUAGAUAAGAAUUAUCAUGCAGACUUACCUUUUAAAUAAUUUGAAAAGUAUCUACUAUGCAAAUGCUCCUUGGGAGUUUGACCACUUCAACUAUAUCAAGUUGUGGCUUUUGAGGCUUUCUUUCGCUGCUGGCAGCUAUUUGUCAGAUUUCUUUCUUUUGUACUGAGGGGAAUAUCAUGUCUGUUUGCGCUGCAAAGCAAGAAGAAAAUCAGACUGUGUUUUGGCAGAAUGAUAUUGUAAUACUAUGAAUAUAUUUUGUUUUAUAUUACUGUUAUAUAUUGACGAUGUAUUGCAUAUAUUACUGCUAUUUAUGACCCUCAUAUGGUUAUGGUUUGCAAUUCUUUCUUAUUCUAAAGACUACAGGGUGAAUGCUCUUUUUUGUAAGAAAUUUGUGAAUGACUCUUAGUUGUGAUUUUGUACGGAAUACGUAUACAAAUUGAAUCAUGGCAACAUGAGCACAAUGAAGAGGUUUGUUAUAUAAAAAUCGAUACAGACAUAUAAAGCAAUAUUACACUCUAUGUAAUCUUAUAAUCUCAGGGUUUUUUUUUUCUAUUUUGUCUUCUUCCUUUAUCUUCAUAAUUUUGAAAUGAUAUUAAAUAGAAAUAAGAGAAAAUAUGCGGUCUUCUGAAAUAAUAAAAAGUGAAUUAGAAUAAAAAAAAUGUAAGUUUAUGUAGUUGUAGUGUAAAUUAUAUAUAAAUCAAACUGAAAGUGAUAACAUGAGUUCAGCUCGUGGAUUUUUAAUAGAAUUUUAGACAUCAGUGGCUCGCCUACCUCUGUCUAUUUGAGAUUUCAAAGGAUAAUUUUUCAGUUUCACCGUUCUCUAGCUCUGAAAAUCUUGUGUAGACUUAGAAUUAACGUAGAAAUGAAUUUCUGUACGAAGAAACCCGCAUUUUAAAGGCCGUUAUUUCAUGGAAUUUCGAGUUAAUCGUGUUAUGGUACUAUUGGAACUUUGGAAGCGUCGUGAUGUGAGCGGUUCGGACCCUCGCCUUGCAAUCUGAGGUUCGGGUGUUCGAAUUCCACCGCGGUCCAGCGUCCUCUAGCAAGGCGUCAAUCCACACUUGCCACUCUCCACCCAGCUGUUUAAUGGGUGCCCGGUAGGAUGCCAAAGCCUGUAUAAUUAUGUAGUAUGCUUAUUAACCGAGUCUUUGAACUCUUAUUUGAAUGCUUAAAGGGAGUGGAGAAAGUACUGAUAACAAAAUAUUAAAAAUGUUACUUUUAGAAUGCUAAUAACAAAUAGGCGGUUUAGUGGUGAAUUAAUCAUGGACUAAAAAUAUUAUAUUACCAUGUACCUUCAGGCAUUUUGAAAAAUAGUUUAGGUAUCAUUCUGUUUCUUAUAUUUAUUAAAUUUAACAUCUCAAUUUGAUAUUAAUGGUGAAUUUUAUUUUUUAUUUAAGUGCUAUUUUCUGCGUUUUCUCUCUUUUAUAGGGAAGAAGGGAAUUUCCAAGAAUUUUAGAUAAUUAUUUAGAAUUUAGGAGAUUGUUUAGAGUGUGUAUAAUUUCAUUUGAUUGCUGCAAUUUUUUUUACCUUUUAUACGAAAACGUUUUGUUGAAUGUUGGUGAUUCUUGACUUGGUAUAGACUCAUCUAAAAAGAAAGUUCUUGUAGUUUGAAUGUUCGUAUCGUAGUGAAAGUUCACCCCAACAUCAGGCCAAUUUUAACAUGUUUAAUUAAAAGAAGAAAAAUGAAGGGAAGAAACCUUCAGAUAAGGUGUUAUACGUCCACCAUAUGCUGAAGUUUCUCAGUCAUGUGUAGUUGUGCACGCGAGAGACUGUUAUAAAUAUGAAGCUUACGGUGGUGGUGAUGUAGAAAUAUAGUUUUAAAAAGUUAUUUUUUUUCUGUUAAGUGUUUAUCGGGAAUGGUAUAUUAUCAAACCCAUAUUUAGUUUUGGAAAUCAUUUAAUCCUCUCUACAGGAAAGAAAACAGUGGCAGUAUGAUCCCAGUGUGGAGAUGAUUUCACACUGUGGUAACCUUUACAGUAUGGGUAUUUACAGGGUAUGCACAUAGUGGUCUAUGUGAAGAUGUGAUCCACACUUUUUUUUAAAAGGGGAAUCCAACCCAAAUGAAUAGUUGUUAUUAUCGGAAAAAGAAAAAAACAGACAGGGUGAAAGUUUUGGCAAAUUCGGACAAACUAUGAGAAAGUUCAGAAUUUUUUAAAGUUGUAAAAAUUGGUAAUCGCUAUACCCAUGGCGACUUCAAAUUGGCCACAUUGGUGAUGUCAUGGUGAUAUUUUUUUUAAAUUUUUAUUUCAACUUAUAUUUUUCUUUCAUGGAGAUAUAAAGCAUUACAUUGGUGAUAUUUGGAUUACUGCCCCAGGGGAAUAACUACUUAAGAAAUAACCACAAAUCCUUUAUAAGUACGUACGGCCUAUGAUCAAAGUUGUCCUUUCCAUUUGUCAUAAUUUACUUACCCAAUCGCCAAUUUGAAAUUUGGCCUAAUUUGGGGA